CUUUUAAUGUUUCUUUAAUCUUUUUGUUUUUUAUAUUGAAAUUCGCCAUGAAACCUGUGCUUAUUUCUUGAUCACCACCCCAGUGUUCGAACCAAGCAAGAAAAACCCAGAAAAAAGGAGAGGUUUUUAGAGAGAGAAAGACACAGAGGAAGUGAGAGACGCAAAGAUUAAGAAAAACAAACCUCAAAUGAUACAAACCCAAGAAAAGUUUGCAAUUUGAGGCAAAUGUCGAUGUUGUCGUGCCCUAAAUCCGAUAACCAUUAUCCUAUUAAUCUCCAUUGUUUCUUGAAAUCUCCUCUGCUUUUCUUCUUCAUUUCUAUAACUCUUUUCUUGAUUCACUGUUCCGCCGCCGCUGACGGCGGCGAUGGAGGUCCUAACCAAGAAGCUGUUGUGCUUUUCACUUGGGUUCAUGGUGAUAACGGUGGUGGUAACGACGGUUCUUUCUUUUCGAGUUGGACACUUUCCGGCGACACCAAAAGCCCAUGCAAAUGGGAUUACGUUAAAUGUGAUUCACAAGGUUUUGUUUCGGAAAUCAAUAUUCAGUCGAUACCAUUGCAGCUACCAUUACCGGCGAAUCUUUCUUCGUUUUCCCAUCUGAAAAGCCUUACGAUAUCCGACGCUAACAUCACCGGAACUCUCUCCGACGACAUUGGUUCCUGUCGGGAGCUUGUCGCCAUUGAUUUAAGCUCAAACAGUCUCGUGGGUCCCAUCCCGUCUUCCAUUGGCAACCUUGAAAACCUCCAGGACUUGAUUUUAAACUCCAACAAACUCACCGGAAAAAUCCCACGUGAGCUUGGGAACUGCCGGAGCCUCAAGAAUCUUCACCUGUUUGACAACCGACUCACCGGAAACAUCCCACCUGAAUUAGGUCAGUUACAUAACCUUGAAGUCAUCCGCGCCGGAGGAAACAACGACCUCGCCGGAGAAAUCCCUGAAGAAAUCGGAAAUUGCAGAAACCUCACGUUUCUCGGCCUCGCAGACACAAGAAUAUCAGGUUCUCUCCCUCACUCAUUAGGUAACCUCACCAAACUAGAAACACUUUCCAUCUACACCGCCAUGCUUUCCGGUGAGCUCCCGCCGGAGCUCGGCGACUGUUCAGAGCUUGUAAACUUGUUCUUAUACGAAAACACACUUUCCGGCUCCAUCGUUCCCGACCUCGGAAAGCUCAAAAAGCUUGAAAAACUGUUACUAUGGCAGAACAACUUAGUCGGAUCAAUCCCUGAAGAAAUCGGAAACUGUACUAAUUUAAAAAUCUUCGACGUUUCUUUAAAUUCAUUAUCCGGCGUUCUUCCAUCUUCCGUUGGUAAUCUCAUUGAGUUAGAAGAAUUCAUGAUUAGCAACAACAACAUCUCCGGUUCAAUCCCGAUUGUUAUUUCAAACGCCGUCAAUCUCCAACAAUUACAGCUGGACACCAAUCAAAUCUCCGGUCUGAUUCCUUCCGAGAUAGGAAAAUUAACAAAUCUCGAAGUGUUCUUCGCAUGGGAUAACAAUCUUGAAGGAAGCAUACCUUCAAGUUUAGGAAGUUGUACAAAUCUUCAAGCAUUAGAUUUAUCUCACAAUUCACUCACCGGAAGUAUCCCUCCAGGGUUGUUUCAACUCCAAAACCUCACCAAAUUGCUUCUAAUUUCAAACGACAUUUCCGGUUCAAUCCCGCCGGAAAUCGGGAACUCCACCGCGUUAGUCCGGUUACGAUUGGGUGAUAAUCGAAUCACCGGCGAAAUCCCGAAAGAAAUCGCCGGAUUAAAAAGCAUAAACUUUCUUGAUUUGUCCGGAAACCACCUCUCCGGGGUGGUUCCCGGUGAGCUUUCCGGUUGCACCGAGUUAGAAAUGGUGGAUCUUAGCAACAACACAUUACAAGGCUCGUUACCGGAUUCUUUAUCAUCAUUAUCAGGACUCCAAGUCCUGGAUGUUUCCAAUAACCGGUUUUCCGGUCCCAUUCCCGCUAGUUUCGGGCGGUUGGUUUCAUUAAACAAACUCAUUCUUAGUAAGAAUGAGUUUGCAGGAGCGAUCCCUCGAUCGCUCGGGCUCUGCUCAGGUCUACAAUUUCUAGACCUGAGCAGUAAUAAAUUAUCAGGCGGGAUACCGCCUGAGUUAGGAAACAUUCAAGCGCUCGAGAUCGCCUUGAAUUUAAGUUGCAAUGGGUUAACCGGGUCGAUCCCGGAUCAAAUAGCUGCGUUAAGCAAGCUUUCGAUUCUUGACAUGUCGUACAAUAAUUUGGAAGGAAAUUUGAAUCCACUUUCGCGUCUAGAUAAUCUUGUUUCGUUAAAUAUUUCGUAUAAUAAUUUUACGGGAUAUUUACCGGAUAAUAAGCUUUUUAGGCAGUUAUCGGAAGCUGAUUUAGCCGGGAAUCGAGGGUUGUGUUCUUUUGGAAAAGAAUCGUGUUUUUUAAACAAUGUUGCAGAAUCAGGAAAUGGGAAAGAUGAGUAUAAAUCAAAAAACGCAAAGAGGUUAAGACUAGCGCUAGCGUUGCUUAUUACUUUGACGAUUGCUAUGAUGAUUAUGGGAGUGGCUGCGGUUUUACGUGCAAGAAGGGGUUUCAAGGGUGAUGAUGAAUCUGAGCUUGGCGAAUCAUGGCCAUGGCAAUUCACGCCUUUUCAGAAGCUAAAUAUUUCAGUUGACCGAAUAUUGAAAUGCUUAGUGGACACUAAUGUCAUCGGGAAAGGGUGCUCUGGGGUUGUGUAUCGUGCUGAUAUGGAUAAUGGUGAUGUGAUUGCUGUGAAGAAGCUUUGGCCAUCAAUGGCGGUUGAUGGUGGUUAUGAAGAUGAGAAAGCUACAGUUCGAGAUUCGUUUUCAGCUGAAGUGAAAACAUUGGGAUCUGUGAGACACAAGAACAUUGUUAGGUUUCUGGGUUGUUGUUGGAAUAAGAAGACGAGGCUCCUUAUGUAUGAUUAUAUGCCAAACGGAAGUCUUGGGAGUCUUCUUCAUGAACGAAUGGGGAGUUCGUUGGAGUGGGAAUUGAGGUAUCAUAUCUUGUUGGGGGCUGCUGAAGGAAUUGCUUAUUUGCACCAUGAUUGUGUUCCUCCGAUUGUUCAUCGAGAUAUUAAAGCUAAUAAUAUUCUCAUCGGUCUGGAAUUUGAGCCAUAUAUUGCAGAUUUUGGUCUCGCGAAGCUCGUUGAUGAUGGUGAUUUUGCUCGUUCUUCUAAUACAAUCGCUGGUUCAUACGGAUACAUCGCUCCUGAAUACGGAUACAUGAUGAAGAUCACGGAAAAGAGCGAUGUUUAUAGCUAUGGUGUAGUGAUGCUGGAAGUUUUAACAGGGAAACAGCCGAUCGAUCCAACGAUACCAGACGGAUUACACGUCGUGGAUUGGGUGAAACAGAGAAAAGGAUGGAUCGAAGUACUUGAUCGGAGCUUAUUAUCUCGUUCGGAAUCCGAGAUUGAAGAAAUGAUGCAAGCAUUAGGCGUUGCAUUACUAUGCGUCAACUCAUUGCCGGAAGAACGACCAACGAUGAAAGAUGUUGCGGCAAUGUUGAGGGAAAUUAAGCACGAAAGAGAAGAGUAUGCAAAAGUUGACGCUCUUUUGAAGGGUUCACCGGAGAAACCUGCCACCGGAAGUAAGGCGGAAGGAGGAGUUCCGGCAACAUCAUCUUCAUCGGCUGCUGCUGUGGCUGGUGGUGGGAUGAGAAGUAACGCGAGUAGCUUCUCUGGUUCUUCGUUGCUUUACUCGUCGUCUUCUAGAGUCGCCUACAAGUGAAUAAAAGUGAUUCUUGAUUUGGGUGUGUGAUGUUUCGGAAUUUUUUAGAUAUGGUAAUUUAAUUAUAUUUGGUGUUGAGUUUAAUGGAUAUUUGAAUGGGUUUAGUUGUAAAUUAAGAGAUAUGGGACGUGUGUUGUAAGUAGAAGAAAUUUUGAGCCCAUUUUGGCUUAUGAACCUUCUUCAUAACUAGUAGAAUAAUGACCACUUUUUGGCAUUUGGAUUUUAAGUA